AUGAACGAAUCAUGUCAAACAUGUAUCCAUGUGUUACCGCCAAUACUGCGGUUGACAUCAUCAGAUGCUGCUGGUGGUUGUAGCAGUGGUGAUGAUGGAGGAUUUCCUGGCCGUCCAACGCCUACUGGUGAAACACUGCGACGUUUAGCCGCUGCUAGGCGUGGCAGAUCCCGGAGUAGCCGUUCUGCAGAGAAUAUUGCUGCUGUAGCCGAGGAUGUCAUGGAAGCUCCGUCGACAUCGACCAGACGACAUGCCACGCAAAUGGCAACCAGUCAUGCCGAUGUCAUCAGAAAUUUUGAUUUAGCAUCACCACCGCAAUACACAAACAGUAAUGGUAAUAAUGGCGGCAGUGGCAGUAGCGGUGGCAGCAGCAGUGUUAGUGGUGGUAGUAGUAUAAGUCUUAAUAGUAAUUCAGUGUCUCCAUCUUUAACAUCUUCCUCGGCAACAAUGUAUGCGUCGUCGUCGAUAACGUCGGCGUUGGUACAGGCGGAGGCGCCGUCAUUAGAAACAUUUGUGUCAGCAGCAUCCACAUCAGCAUUUGUGGAACCAUAUUUAGAUGGUUAUGCCACAACAAAUGUUACAACACAAAUUGGUACACACGCAUAUCUGCCAUGUCGGGUGAAACAACUGGGAAAUAAGUCUGUGUCCUGGAUACGUGUACGAGAUGGUCAUAUACUCACUGUUGACAGAGCCGUUUUUAUUGCAGACCAACGAUUUUUGGCUUUAAAACAACCCGAUAAAUUUUGGACAUUACAAAUAAAAUAUGUGCAGGCUCGUGAUGCUGGUGCAUAUGAAUGCCAAGUGUCAACAGAACCAAAAGUUAGUGCUCGAGUGCAUUUACAAGUUGUUGUUCCUCGUACAGAAAUUCUGGGUGAUCCAGAUCGUUAUGUUAAAGCUGGUAGCAGGGUAAAUUUACGAUGCGUCGUACGUGGUGCUCUAGAACCACCCACAUUUAUUAUGUGGUACCAUGGCACCGAACAACUAUCAGCCGAAUCCCGACGUCAUAUAACACAAAUCGAUAGAAAUUUACCAGAAGCAGAGGGCGAUCCACACAGUACGAUUGGUUCAUUAAUCAUUGAAUCAGCAAAAAAACGUGAUACUGGCAAUUACACAUGUAGCCCGUCAAAUAGCCCCAGUGUGACUGUGACGUUAAAUGUUAUAAAUGGUGAAUCCUCAGCAUCAGCAGUUACUUCAUCAGCACCCGUUACCACAAAAACCUACUCAGCAUGCAGUCUGGUUUUAAUAUUCAGUUUAAUUAUGAUUGGUGGCCAUAGGACAUGACAUGCUUAGAUAGUACGUAACCACAACAUAAAUUUAUACAAAUAAAAAUAACAACAACAUC